AUGGCUUCUGAAAUGAUCGAAAAAUACAGAGAGAAGGUGGAGAUAUAUCAUGGUGAGCAGCUUUGUAAGAAGAAAUCGACAGAAAUGUUGGUAGAGAUGUCGCUUCCAAACAAUUUGCUACUAGUGGAUGAGAUGGAGGAGAUUGGGUACAACAGAGAAAUUGGCUUCUUUUGGAUGAAGCUGAAGAGAGCCCAGAAAUACAAAUUCCCCAAAGUCGGCGAUACCCUGCAUGGUAUAGAGAUCAUGGGGUUCAUGGAGCCUCGUCGACUUAAAGACUUGAAAGGGGUGACUGCAAAGGAGUUGUUCCUGACCUUCAGCAUGGCUGAAAUGUGUAUCAAAGAUCCUUCUUCUGGAAAGAUUAACUGUGAUUGA